AUGGACCCGGGAUCCUGCCUGGGAAUGUCCCGGCGGCCUCGGGUGUCUCCCACCAGCGACCCGCCGGACCCCGACAUGGGAAAUGUCCCAGCGGCUCCGACGCACGUCUUCUCUGGAUGUUGGGAUGAGUCGGUGGAACCCCCCGUGCCCAAACCGCACGCCCUAAAAGGGGCACCGUCUCCGGACACAGGGAAACCAACCCAUCCCUCCAUCCUGCCCCUUCCCGUGUCUUCCGGGCAACCACCCAUGGAACAUGGGUCGGGGCACCCCUGGCGACGGCCUGGUGCCCUUCCGGUUGACUACCUUCCGGACACCAGGCUUCUGUCUCCGGGAGGUGGGGGGGUCGUCUCGUACGACCCCCCCCCGAGGCCACCCGCGCCCCUCUGGUCAGUGACCCUCGGGACAGCGGGCAACCACCUCCCUAGGCCCUAA